AUGCUACUUUUUACGGCUAUAGUCGUGUGUGCCACAACCCUUGGUUGUAUAGUGAUGAUUCAAGCCAACAACCAAAAGCCGAUCCAACAAGACCAGAUACCGCCACUACAAACAGCUCCUGUUUGGUUAAACGCCUGUAAAAAGAAAGACCCGAAUUUGGACGAAUGUAUUUGUAUGACUUUUCAAAAUAUGUUUCCUUACUUGGCAAAAGGUAUACCGGAAAUUGGAACCAGACCGUUCGAGCCAAUGCAUAUAGACAAAGUGUCUUUAACUAAAGGUCAAGGUGCCAUAACAUUAGCCGGAGCAUUCACAAAUCUUAUUGUCCACGGACCAAGUAAUACAACUGCUCUGUAUACAAAAAUGGAUUUGGUUAAAAAUCGUCUAGACAUUGGUCUUUUCAUACCAACAAUCAAAGUGGAAUCGAAAUACGACUUGAAGGGAAAUUUAUUAUUGUUACCAUUAGUUGGUGUAGGCGAUGCUAAAUUAUACUUAAAAAAUGUAACCACGCACGUACAGACAAAGAUCUACUUCCCCAAAUAUAUGAACGAAACUGUAAUGGUGGCUAGCAGUAUGAAAGUAGACUUUAAUUUAGCUGCAAUGCGAGUAAACUUUGACAAUUUGUUCAACGGCAACAAAGUAUUGGGACGAACUGUCAACACGUUUAUGAACCAAAACGCGUUGGAAGUGGUAAACGAUCUAAAGGAAAAUAUAGGUGAAAACCUAUCGACUAUAUUCAAACAGAUUAUGAACGAUGCAUUUAGUCACAUGCCAACAAAACUGUGGUUACAAGAUGAUUAGUUGACUUAUGAUAUACCUUUAUUAUAUGCGAGCAUUGUUGUACAUAUAGCCUAUAUCGAAUUAUUUUAACGUAUAUAUUAUUAUUAUUAUAUUCGUGAUUCAUAAUGAUAAUUAAUUAAUCAUUGUAUUUUGUACUUUUUAUUUCCAUAACUAUGUUACU